GUAGACACAUCUGAAAUGACAAGAGAAAAACUAGAACAAUUCACACUAAAAGUAAAAGAAGAACUUGACAAGGAAAGAGAAGAGAGAAAUUACUUUCAGUUAGAGAGAGAUAAGAUUAGAACAUUUUGGGAGAUAACACGUCAACAGCUCGAAGAAGCCAAAGCUGAACUGAGAAAUAGAGAACGAGCUACUGAAGAGGCACAAGAAGAAAAUGAAGCGCUAUUGGAAACCGAAAAACAAAAAAUUAAACAUUUAAAGUACGAACAGCAAGCGGCUGCAGCGGCUUUGAGGGCUGAAAAUUUAGUAGCAUUGAAAGCAGCUAAAGAAGAGCAUACAGAACAGGAGCUAGAAUUGCUUAAUGAUAAAAGGGCGUUGCGUCAAGAAAUGAGAGAGAAAAUGUUAGCAGCUCAAGAUGAACUGAGACGGGCUAAAUUGAUACAUGCUGAGGAACUUUCGAAGACGAGAGCGGAGUUUGAAGAAAGGGCUCGUCAAAUAGAAGAUAAAGCUGAGAAGAAACUGCAUGAAAUAAAAGUUGAACUAACGGUAAAGCACAGAACUGAGAUAGCUGAGGUUGAAGAACGAAAGAAUAAGCAAUUAUCAGAAUUGAUUGCUCAUCACGAACGAGCCUUCUCAGAUUUGAAAAAUUACUACAAUGAUAUAACACUUAACAAUUUAGGCCUAAUAAGUAGUAUGAAGCAACAAAUGGAGGAAAUGCAAAAGGUAAAGGAACGAGCAGAAAAAAUAGCUAGAGAUGCGGUUGCUGAAGCGAAGGGUCUCCGGGAGCCACUUGAAGCUGCUAUUGUCGAUAAUAAGGAGUUGAAACGACAAAUGUCGAAUUAUGAUCGAGAUAAGGCUGCGUUGGCUGCAAAAACAAAACAAUUGGCAUCUUUAGAGCAACAAUUUGACGUGCUGAAAUGGGAAUACGAAGUUCUACAAGUUAGGUUCGACCGGAUACUGGCUGAGAGGGACGAAUUAAAAGCAAGAUUUUCAAAAGCGGUUCUUGAAGUUCAGCAAAGGGCUUCGUUAAAAACCGCUCUUAUGGAAGCGAAGUUAAAAAAUUUGGAAGGACGCGAUCUAGGGCCCCGAGAAAUCCAUGAUCUUAUUAAAUUAAAAGAUACACAAGUUGAAGAUUUGCGUUAUGAAGCGGCAAGAUUACGUAAAGCCCACGACGAUUUGUUAGCGACUUACGAAGCGAAAUUAGCAAAAUUGGGGGUACCGAUUGAAGAACUAGGAUUCAAACCACUCAAGGCUGUUACUGUGGCCGGCAUUUCACCAGUCAUCGGCCAGGGACCAGCAGGCUUGGUAACGAAAGAUCAAGCUUAGAAACAAGAAGCAGAGUAAUGACAAAUCAACGAAAAGUAUAAAAUCAUGUAUAAAAAUAAAUUAUUUUUGUAUAAAGGAUUAAUAACUAUUAAAUAUUGU